UUUGUUAAUGUUUUCCUUGUGAGCAUAAUAGCAGGAAGUGCACUUUCACAACUUGAUAGUUUUCUUCGUCAGUCACCAAAAGAAAUCCCUGAGACACUUGGUGUUGCAAUCCCUAUGAAAGCAACUUUCUUUAUUACUUAUGUAAUGGUUGAUGGAUGGGCUGGUAUAGCUGGCGAAAUCUUAAGAUUGAAACCACUCAUAUUCUUCCAUCUGAAAAACUUCUUCCUGGUGAAGACUGAAAAGGACAGAGAAGAGGCGAUGGAUCCAGGAAGCAUUGGUUUUAACACUGGCGAACCUCAAAUACAGUUAUAUUUCCUUUUAGGUCUUGUCUAUGCUGUGGUGACACCAAUUUUCCUUCCUUUUAUUCUGGUUUUCUUUGCUCUGGCAUACAUGGUAUUUCGCCACGCCACCAGAUCAUAAAUGUAUACAAUCAAGAAUAUGAAAGUGCUGCAGCAUUCUGGCAGA